UGUGAGAGAGAAAGAGAAAGAAAAAGAAAGAGAUAGUAGUAGAUAGAUAGCAGCUAUCUAUAGCUACUAGGAAGAAAAAUUGUUGAAGAAAGUGAGUGUGAUCCACCAUGGCCUCUUCAAAUUCACCAUGUGCAGCAUGCAAGUUCUUGCGUCGCAAAUGCCAACCCGAGUGUGCUUUUGCACCCUAUUUCCCUCCCGACCAACCUCAGAAGUUCGCAAAUGUUCAUAGAAUUUUCGGAGCCAGCAAUGUCACCAAGCUUCUCAACGAUUUGCACCCUCACCAACGUGAAGAUGCCGUGAAUUCCCUUGCUUAUGAAGCUGAGAUGAGACUCCGUGAUCCUGUCUAUGGCUGUGUCGGAGUCAUAUCACUGUUACAGCACCAACUUCGCCAGCUUCAAAUGGAUCUCUACUGCGCCAAAUCUGAACUCUCCAGGUACCAAAACCUAAGCACCAUCACCACCAACCACACCCUCAUGGCGUCUGAAUCCGCCGCCGCCUUCCACCACCACCACCACCAGAACAACAACACCACCACCACCACCAAUACCUUCGGCCGUGACCACCACUACCACUUCCACCACCACCAGUUUUUCCCCAGAGACCACCAACACCAACAAGUGGCGAGAACCUUCGACGGAGGCAACAACUACGACGCAAGCCUCUUGGCCAUGAACAUAUCUGCCAGCUUAGGGCAACUGAACCAGCUUCAGCAUCAGAGCGCCGCUGGCGGCGGCGAUGACCGCCACACCGCCAACCGCUCCUAGGGUUUCACCACAUAUUUAGUCAUGCAAUAGGUAAUUAAUUAAUUAAUUACUUUAGUUAAAGUUUUCAUUUAAUAUGGUUCAUUUCUUGAUUACCAUCAUCUUCGAUUAUCUCCACCACCUGCAUAUUUUGUCACUCUCACAAUGUAUAAAUUUGGACUCACAACGCUGUCAUAUUCUUCAAUUCUAUAUACAUAUAAUGUAAGCAAUUCCUCAUGUGCUUGCCUAAGUCAAGUCAAUUUGGAAAUACUAUUACUCUAC